AUGGCAUUCGCGAGCCUCGCAACGAACACGACAGAAGCUUUCGUCACACUCGCCACAAACGAUGACUACUCGCUCGGUGCCCUCGUUCUUGGAUACUCGCUUCGAGAGGCAACCACCAGCAAGAAACUUCACUGCAUGAUUACAGAACAGGUUACGACUCCUGUGCGCGAACAACUUCAACGGGUUUAUGACGAUGUCUCGAUUGUCGACGUGUUGGCCAGCAACGACGAAGCAAAUUUGGCAUUGAUUGGACGUCCGGACUUGGCUCUCGCCUUUACCAAGCUCAAUUGCUGGCGACUUACGCAGUACUCGAAAGCCGUAUUUUUGGAUGCUGAUACCUUGGUUUUGAGAAAUACAUACCGAGCCCUUUUGCACAAGGCGACUACUGAAGGAUCGUUUGAUGGUGCGGAUCAAGGACUUCUCAACUCGUUCUUCUCUGGAUGGCGAGAGGCGUCUUCGGCGUUCCGACUCUCUUUCAUCUACAAUGUGACUGGCGGAAUCUUCUACACAUAUGCUGCUGCUUACAAAAAACUUCGGGAUCAAGUCAAAAUCGUCCAUUUCAUCGGCACGCAGAAGCCCUGGCGAGGAGGCGUCGGCAUCCAAAUGCCCGAAUUCGCUCAAAUUUGGCAUCGGAUCUACGAGCGUCAUGUGGCAGGAACUGUCCCCGGAUCAUCUGGAACGGGGUCGCAAGAUGCCCAUUCGAUCGGCGCCUCUCCAACUCUGGUUGCCUUGCCCAAAGAGGUGCAAGUAAGUUGUGUGCUGCACAACCAAGCACCGCCAACUCUUCACGUUGAUGCAAGCCCGUCCCGAAUCGUCGUUUCACUUGAAUCAUCCCCAAUUGUUGUGCAUAAAGGCUCUUCUAUCCCCAUCUCUUCAGCAAAUCCUCCCCAUUUGCAGGCGUUGCCUUCAACUAACCCCGAACCGGCUCAAUCCGACCAAACAGUGCCUGUUUGCCGAAAAGAGAUCGAACAAGAAACGAUAGCAGAGAGCCGCAGUCGAUGGGAGCAAGGACGACCCGAUUUCACUGGCAAGGAUGCUUUUGCCGAGAUUCAAGAGGCCCUCAUGAAAAAUCUCCAG